AUGGCGGCAUAUGGUGUUGGCAGCCGACGAUCAAAGGCAGCAGCUAGUGGUCAAAGGCGACAACCGGUGACGACUUUGAAAAGUAGGAACACGAAGAAGACGAGUGGUCAGACUUUCAACUCUGUCGUGAUUGAGACUAACAGAGCAAGAUUAAUCCACUCUGAUACUAACUUACCCCAACUGAAUAAUAAGUAG